GGCAGAAUAAUACCUUCACUCUAUCGGUGGCAAUCGUUGGCAGGGAAGCUGGAAGGCAGAACGGCUGGGGCUGGGCUGGGCUAUCAGGAAAAGGAAGUCGCACGCUUCCAGCGCAACACACAACCGAAGGUUUCGUAAACGCUGCUAUUUAGUGUGGUGAUUCGUCGCAGGCCGCCAGUAUUUGGUGCUCGAUCGCGCUAGCAGCCACUUCAGAGGCUUUAUAAAACUGCAACCGAACGAAGCGUAGAGUGUAAUCAACCCGUGUGAACCGAAUCCUCCGGUGUGCGUGUGGUGUUUUUCAAACCGGUUGCUUUUUACCUAGCGAUUUUCAUUGUAGAGCGUUUAGUUGAACAUAUCUAACGUUCAGUCCGUAGAUACAACAUGGCGACCGUUACGGAAGUUGGAAACAUUAAGCUGGGCAAGCUGCUGAUCGAGGGCAAGACGAAGCAGGUGUACGAUGUGCCGAGCAUGCCAGGCCACUCGAUCCUGCUGAACAAGGAUCGCAUCACGGCGCACAAUGGCGUGCGGGCGCACGACCUGGAGGGCAAGGCGAAGAUCUCCAACCAGACGAACGCGAAGGUGUUCACGCUGCUCAACCGGGCCGGCUUGAAGACCGCGUUCGUGCGCAUGGUGUCCGACAACGCGUUCCUCGCCCACAAGUGCGAGAUGGUGCCGAUCGAAUGGGUGACGCGCCGGCUCGCUACCGGUUCGUUCCUGAAGCGCAACCCGGGCGUCAAGGAGGGCCACCGGUUCGCGCCGGCCAAGGUCGAGACGUUCUUCAAGGACGACGCCAACGAUGAUCCCCAGUGGAGCGAGGAGCAGAUCGUUUCCGCCGGCUUCAAGGUCAACGGCGUGACGAUAGGCCAAGAUGAGGUCGAUAUUAUGCGCCAAACGACACUCCUCGUGUUCGAGGUCCUGGAGAAGGCAUGGGCAACGCGCGACUGCGCCCUGAUCGACAUGAAGAUCGAGUUUGGCGUCAAUGGCGACGGCCAGCUGCUGGUGGCGGACGUGAUCGACUCGGACUCGUGGCGCCUCUGGCCGUCGGGCGACAAACGCCUGAUGGUAGACAAGCAGGUGUACCGCAAUCUGGGCAGCGUAACGGCCGCCGAUCUGGACACGGUGAAGCGCAACUUCGGCUGGGUGGCGGACCAGCUGGACGGCAUGGUUCCGCCCUCCGAUCACCUCGUGGUGAUCCUCAUGGGCAGCGCCUCGGACCGCGAGCACUGCGAAAAGAUUGCGACGCACUGCAAGACGCUCGGGCUGAACACCGAGCUGCGCGUCACAUCCGCACACAAGGGCACCCAGACGACGCUGCACAUCGUCAGCGAGUACGAGAGUGUGUUGAGCAAGCUGGUGUUCAUCACUGUGGCAGGGCGCUCGAACGGGCUCGGUCCGGUGCUGUCCGGCAAUACGAACUAUCCGGUCAUCAACUGCCCACCGGUUAAACCGGACAACGUCAGCCAGGACGUGUGGUCCAGCCUGAACCUGCCGUCCGGACUCGGCUGCGCCACCGUGCUCUACCCGGAAGCCGCCGCCCUGCACGCCGCGCAGAUCGUUGGCAUGGGAGACUUCAUGGUGUGGAGCAAGCUGCGCGUCAAGCAACUCGACAACUACGUCAAUCUGAUCCUGGCCGACAAACAAAUGCGCGGUGUGCGCAAAUUGUAAUUCUAUCAACAAUCAACCCCACCUUCAACAUUCAACCCUAUUAUGUACCAAUAUAGUUAUGUGCCAGUUAUACACAAACCUCAAUAAAUAAAUAUCUACGCUAAAUGUAAUGCUUUUCCCAUACAAGUUUCGUUGAGAUGAG